GUGUGCGCUUCCGAUCGUGCUCGGUCGAGGGUUUCUUUGAAUCGUGAUUGAAAUGAUCGAGGAACACGACGAACGCGAAACAAUAUGCGACUCGGUGAAUUCGUUGGUGGAGGGCUGCCGUUUACCAGUGAGAAUGCACGGAACAGACGAUUGGCCUCUUGCUGAAAUCAUCAGCGUUAAAGACGUACACGGUGUCAAGUGUUAUUAUGUACACUAUGUAGAUUUCAAUAAACGACUAGAUGAAUGGGUUAUGGAAGAUUGUUUGGACACUAGGAAAGUCCAGUACCCUCGUCGAGAUGGAACCACACCGGGAACUGGUGCAGCGACACCGAAAAAACAAGCACCUAGUAGACCACCGAGCCCAAGCAGCCUCAGCAACGAACCAGUCAAUGGUUCGGCAGUUUUGCAGGCUGCGUUACAAAAGAAAAUGUCGAGAAAGAGAAAGGCCACGUUCAUAGAGAAUGACGAUUCUCAGGACGGCCCGCCGCAGACACCUGGCCCGAGGCCAACUGGCUCGUUGGUUGCACACCAUCACGACGAUAUAGUCACUAGAAUGAAAAAUGUCGAGCUGAUAGAGCUAGGCCGUCACAGAAUAAGACCAUGGUAUUUCAGCCCUUAUCCGCAAGAAAUGGUAAACCUACCGUGUAUAUAUAUUUGCGAGUUCUGUUUGAAGUAUAGAAAGAGUCGAAAGUGUCUGGAACGGCAUCUGGCAAAGUGCAAUCUGAGACAUCCACCCGGCAACGAGAUAUACAGGAAAGGUUCGAUAUCGUUUUUCGAGAUCGACGGCCGAAAGAACAAGAAUUACGCACAAAACCUCUGCCUGCUAGCGAAAUUAUUCCUGGAUCAUAAAACGCUUUAUUACGACACGGACCCUUUCCUGUUUUACGUGAUGACUGAUUUCGACAGCAGAGGAUUCCACAUUGUCGGUUAUUUCUCGAAGGAGAAAGAAUCAACCGAGGAUCAUAACGUGGCUUGUAUUCUCACACUGCCGCCCUAUCAAAGAAGGGGCUACGGGAAGCUGUUGAUAGAAUUUUCUUACGAACUGUCCAAAUUCGAGGGUAAAACAGGUUCGCCCGAGAAGCCGUUGUCGGACUUGGGGUUGUUGUCUUACAGAAGUUACUGGGCACACACCAUACUGGACAUACUGUUGAACAUAAAGCCGCUAGUUGAAAACGAGAAGCCUCAGAUCACGAUAAGUGAAAUAUGCGAGCUGACGUCGAUUAAGAAAGAAGACGUGAUAUCGACGCUUCAGAACUUGAAUCUCAUUAAUUACUACAAAGGACAAUAUAUUGUUACAUUGAAUAGGGAGAUUAUCGAGCAACACGCAGCCGCAAUGGAAAAGAGGCAAAUCAGAAUAGACCCUAAGUGUCUUCAUUGGACACCAAAAGACUGGAGUGUUAGGGCAAAAUGGUGAAGUGACAAUUUUUCAAAUCGACAAUAAGACUAUGCCAAUUCGUCUUGAAGUACGUUUUCAGGAUCCCUGGAAGAUAUGACGAUUGUACGAUUUGUCAAAUGUACAAAAAUGAAACUGUAAAUAACACAUCCGACCGUACCGGUCUGCGUUUUUAUAUAAUAAGACUGCGUCAGGCUUUGCACUGCGAUUUGCAAUGGUCUAAAAUGACGAAAGGAAAAAAGAAACACACACACACACACACACACACACACACACACAUAUACACAUACACAUAGAAUAAUAACUGUUACGAGUAUCUCUGUUAAACAACGCAUCGGAGAGAUAAUUGCGGGGUUAUCGGAUAUGAAAGAAUCUUAUAUCUGUUAAACGAUACACACUGGCUUACGUCUAGAGUCAGAAAGGGAGAGUUUUAAUACGGUGACUAGGAUUUUUUAAAAACUUUGCAUACGUGUUUGCGAUUCAAUGAUUUGUACGUGGUGUACGAGUCGAUCUUGUAAAGUUGUAAAUAAAUCUGAUUUUGUAACACGCGCCUCCAUUCACUGCAAAAAUACGAUACAUGGUAUCUAGUUUUAAAGCAAAAAGGAAAAAGGAAUAAGAAAACAAAAAAAAAAAAAAAAAAAGGAAAGAUUAGAGUACACGUAAUCAUAGUGUUUCGAGGCUUCGAAGUAAAGUAGCGAAGCUUGCGUGUAA